UUCUAGAUUUAUUUUAGGGUUUCUUCUUCAUCGUCUGCCUUCGAGUCUGAGGCUGAGAUUUUCGAGAUGAGGCUUCUAACACACAACAUGCUGUCCUGCAACAUCAAAGGAGUAACGAACGGAUUUCCAUUAGGUUUGGAAAUAGUUAAACACGAAGUCAAAGAAGUUGAAUUCAAUUCAGAUUUCAUCAGAAACAUGUUUGUCAAGAUUGAAUGGAAAGCAUUAGUUGAUGCUGCGAAAUCAAUGGGUUAUGAAGAAUUACCUGAAGAAGUUGAUUCAUCUAUGCUUGAGAGUGAUGAGUUUUUGAAGAGAUUUCAUCAUGCCCUUUUGGAACUUCAUCUUGAAGAAGGUGCACUUGUUUGUCCUGAAACUGGGAGGAAGUUCCCUGUUGUUAAAGGGAUUCCUAAUAUGCUUCUUAAUGAAGAUGAAGUGUAAGAUUAUUUCAUCUCUGUUUUGAAAUUAUGUUUAAUCUAUGGAUGGAAUUAGGGUUUUUGAGAGUGAUGUAAUAUGAGAUUAGGGUUUUAAUUGAUACAUUAGACUUGUUCUUCUCUAUAAACAUUUGGUCUGGUUUUGGUGUUUAAUUUUGAUUUUGUCUGCUUGAAUUUUCUUA